GUACCGCAGAGAAACUGUUAUGAUGGGAUGCUCGGACCUCCCUUGGUGUGGGGCGGAGCCUAUGGGUCACACCCCCUGUGUUGGCGGUACCGCAGUGUUACGGGGAUGAUGGGACGCUCCGGCCUCCCCGCAGCCCGGGGUGAGAUGGUGCGGUCCUGUUGCUAGGGGAUACCGGCGCUCAGACGCUUGCUGUUCAAGUACGGCGGCCGGGUGGGAUCAGUACACGCAUGCGCGCUCGGUUCUCCCGUCCUCCUCCCCUGUCCGGCUCCUGAAUGACCGCAGCCGGCGUCCUGCUGCUCCCCGCCCACACCCGGAGCUCCAUCUCCUCAGGUCAAACAGAUGAAGGACAGAAACACACAAUGUACCAGAACGCAUUCAUCUGCUGAGGAUGUCCAGACAUAUAUAAGCUGGUCGCUGUCUAUGGAACAAUAAUUUCACUCCAUCGGACCUUUAAUACAGCGGCGUUUCAGUUACCCCAUGUACAGCAGCGGGCAGCCAUGGCUGGGCGACGACCAAUCCGUGGUCAGCCGGAUGCAGAAGAAGUUUUGGAAAACCAAGCAAGUGUUGAUUAAGGUUACGCGGAAGAAGGAAGAUGAGCACGUGGUGGCGUCGGAUGCCGAGCUGGACGCCAAGCUGGAGGUGUUUCAUAGUAUCCAAGCAACAGGAUCACAGCUGCUUAAAGUUAUUGAAAAAUACCAGCAAGCACUGAAUGAGCUGGCCCAGGAGGAGAAUGACUUUGGUUUGCACCUGAAGGUACACGCUCAGCAGGACGGCACCCAGGCCGGGAAGAUGAUGAAAGUCACCGGCAUUGCGCUAUGCUCUGCCGCCGGCCAGAGGUUAGCCCUCUGCUCUCCACUGUCGCGCCUGCAGCAGGAAAUGGCCACCUUUACCGGCUGGGCGGUCUCCGAUACUCUGCUGACCAUCAACCAAAUGGAGAAGGCGCGGACUGAAUACAGGGGCGCCCUGCUGUGGAUGAAAGAUGUGUCCCAGGAACUGGACCCCGACACCUGCAAGCAGAUGGAGAAGUUCAGAAAGGUGCAGGUGGAAGUCAGAAACACAAAGAGCCACUUCGACAAAACAAAGAUGGACGUGUGUCAGAAAGUUGAUCUCCUCGGAGCCAGCCGCUGUAACUUGCUGUCACACUCACUGGCGGCCUACCAGACCACGCUGCUGCACUUCUGGAGGAAGACGGCGCAUCUAAUGUCUGAGAUACAGGCGGAAUUCCAGGAGAUUCUUCCGUAUACACCGACUUAUCUAAAGCCCAGCAAGGAGCACCCUCCGCAGGGUCAUGUGGACCAGACAGAUGGGGAGAAUCACACGUGA